AUCCGUAAACGCUGCGGCUCAGCCUGUGCGGUUCACUUGUGUUCCUCCACGCGCCUCCGAGCACGCUGGGAAGCAUACAGUAGGUGCUCUGCUCCGCUCCUGUGCCCCGCCCCGCGGCCCCUCCCCCGCUCCAGGAAGUGCGGGGGCUCCAGCCGCCCGGCCGGCCGCGAUGCAUUCUGGGGAAGGAGCAGCACCAAAUCCAAGAUGGCGGCCAGCAGGAGGCUGAUGAAGGACAACCCUCCAUAUGAUAAGGGGGCCUUCAGAAUCGAAAUCAACUUUCCAGCAGAGUACCCAUUCAAACCACCGAAGAUCACAUUUAAAACAAAGAUCUAUCACCCGAACAUUGACGAAAAGGGGCAGGUCUGUCUGCCAGUAAUUAGCGCUGAAAACUGGAAGCCAGCAACCAAAACCGACCAAGUAAUCCAGUCCCUCAUAGCACUGGUGAAUGACCCCCAGCCCGAGCACCCGCUUCGGGCUGACCUAGCUGAAGAAUACUCUAAGGACCGUAAAAAAUUCUGUAAGAAUGCUGAAGAGUUUACAAAGAAAUAUGGGGAAAAGCGACCUGUGGACUAAAAUCUGCCACGAUUGGUUCCAGCAAGUGUGAGCAGAGGCCCCGUGCAGUGCAUUCAGACACCCCGCAAAGCAGGACUCUGUGGAAAUUGACACGUGCCACCGCCUGGCGUUCGCUUGUGGCAGUUACUAACUUUCUACAGUUUUCUUAAUCAAAAGUGGUCUAGGUAACCUGUAAAGAAAGGAUUAAAAAUUUAAGAUGUUCUAGUUCUGCUCUCUUUGUUUUAAAAAUCACUGCUUCAAUCUAUUCCAAAAGAAUGGUGUUUCUUUUCUUGUCCAAUUUUAUCCAAAAUCUUCAAGUUGCAUUUAGCCCAUAAUGUUUAAAAAAAAGGAAAAAAAAGGUUGUGGUUCCCUUUCUUCCCUACCCUUGCCACUCCCACUUUCUGGCACUGAGUUUAUUUUUCACUUACUUCCCCAGACCCGGGGCCCGCCUCCACAAAAGAGAAGAGACUGCCCUGGCGGUCCUGGUGGCUUUUCUUAGCACGUGUGGGACUGUUGCCCAGUGUGGGAGUUGGUUUAAAUUCUCCUGACUCCAGUUUAUAACAUCCUUUUAAAAAUUUUAAAAACAAACAGCCACACCCCUCCUCCAGUCCUUCUCAGUUCUUGUGUGAAUCUCCAGCUGAUGUUACCACAGUAACAUGAGUUAAUUGGGCAAGCUCUGAUGUCAGUGUGUGUAACUGACCUCUGGCCUGGCCUGCACAGACAAACCCUAUAAUCACAGGUCUGUGGUGGCCCCGAAAUGGGGGGCCUGCUAGUCAGGAGGAUGCUGUGCACACUGUGUGUGAUGAAUCUCGCCAGAAAGGCUCCUGAUGUCCCAGGUUGGCACUUCUUCCUGCAGCCAUUGUAGAAGAUCUGCUGGUCCUUGCAGGCAAAGCUACAGCCAGAAUGUCCGUUUGAAAUUCCCAGCUCAUCUGUCACCGAGUUUCAUCUGAAUGUGCCACGGAGCUUGCUCUCCACUUCCUCUGUGCAGCGGCCCCGCCACAGCCCUCCCUCGGCACACUUUGACCCUUUGUAGGAUUGGAAUUAGCAGGACUCGGCUAUUUAAAGCACCAGUCUGGGGUCUCCUGGGCCCCUGCUGACCCCUUCCUCCAGAGCAGCUGGCCCAGCCCGGGAACAAGACGGACUUCCUCUCCCUUUGGACUCACAGCCUUUGCAGAGUCAAGCUCCACUUGAAGCUCACUCAGUAAUAUCCUUUCAAUGUGUUUUAUAUUGUUUUGACUGCCUUUUUUUGUAGAAAUAAAAAUUGACCUUAGAAUUUAUCAUCAGAUAAACUUGUAAAGAUUUGAAUAUUAAUGUCUUUUCAAGGCAAAUGGGAUUGUCCCCAAACUAGUAGAGAAUCCGUGUCACUCUGACACCCCAAGGAAGCCGACGAUCCAAAUGCCGUGUGUCACCAACCCCGCUUCUGCCACUGGUGGCUUCCCUUCUUGGCUUUUGGGGGGGGACUAGAUCCUGUGGAGAAGAUGACUUAAACUUUGCUUUUUGUUUUAAUUUUAAUUCUAGAUCUUUCCGGUCUGAUCUGUGCAGAAGUGGGGAGUGAUGGGCAGGUUAGGCAGCCUAACAUCAUUCAGGCGCGUGGCCCCUGUGGUGUGUACAUGAACUCAGCUUCUUUUGUCCUAGGUACGCCAAGGGCAGGUUUCUGGAGACUCGUGUGCCCAGGAUGGCAAGGGCACCGGGCUGGCGUUUCCGUAUAUGUGUCUUCAUUAGCAGAAAAAUGAUGGAUUUUAUUUCACUCACACUCCAAUUUGUAAUAAAAUGCCAAAUUCUGUCAGAAACUAUCCAAACAAGCCACCAUUUGUUCUUGUUGCUUCUCUGGAUCCAGAAAUGUUGCCAUUCUUGGAAACUGUCCCAUUGCUUCAUAUUUCUGCCAACGUAGCUCUGCCUGCCUGUCACCCCCUCACUGCGCUCUGCUCACCACGGGAGGAUACCUGUGUGCCAGCAGCCCCUCAGGGACUCUCAGCCCUGGCACUGGCACCCCAGGGUUGGCCCCGUCAGCAGAGGCCUGGCUUUCGAGCCAGUGGGUGUCUCUCCUUCGGGCCUGGGCGACUUGCUCCUGCCAGCCAUGCCCUCAGGGUAGGCUCUGAGCAAGCUGGUGAACAGCCUUGGCUGCUCCAAAACCAAAAAGCUGGGUCCUCUGGAGGAGGGGCGAGCUGUGGAGCAGCCACCCACUGCUGCCCCUAGCUCACUCAGGAAUUCACACCCGCCUGGUUUCUUGAAGUGUGCCGGGUCCUUCCCUCUGCUCCCCACUCCCCACCACGGCAGAGAAUAGGCUUUCUAAGAUGCUGCGAUCCCGUUCUGCUGCCCUUAAUAAAAAUGCUCUCAGACACUG